UAAUUUAAGAGCGAGUAUUCAUACGGCGGCAAAGAACUCAGGAGCCGCCAUAGCCAUAUCCUCCGUUUUCUGUUCGCCGUCUUCGUCUUCAAUGGCGAGAGUGCUAUUGUGCUCUCGUCUGGCCCCUUCUGUGUUGUCGCCAAUAUCACUCAAGUCUUCUCUCCUUAUCCAAUGGCCGAAUCCCUCCAAAACCUCGCAAUCGAUGCUCUUCAUAAACCGCCGCCGCUUCUCGGUCGGGAAGAUAAGUAUGAGCUUGAGAGCCGGAAUUGUCGGCCUCCCCAACGUCGGCAAGUCUACUCUCUUCAAUGCCGUUGUUGAGAAUGGUAAAGCUCAGGCUGCAAAUUUCCCCUUCUGCACAAUAGAACCAAAUGUAGGGAUUGUAGCUGUUCCAGAUUCCCGCCUCAACUUGCUUUCUCAGCUCAGCAAAUCUCAGCGAGCAGUCCCGGCUUCCAUUGAGUUUGUUGAUAUUGCGGGUCUUGUAAAGGGAGCCAGCCAAGGGGAGGGUUUGGGAAACAAAUUCUUGUCGCAUAUCCGUGAAGUUGACUCUAUACUGCAGGUGGUGCGUUGCUUUGAAGACAAUGACAUUGUUCAUGUGAGCGGGAAAGUCGAUCCAAUAUCUGACAUAGAUGUCAUCAAUUUAGAGUUGGUGUUUACAGAUUUAGAUCAGGUUGAGAAAAGACUAGACAGACUCAAGAAAGGCAAAGCUAAAGACCCGCAAUCGAAAAUGAAGGAGGAAGCAGAGAAGUCUGCACUAGAAAAGAUCCAGCAAGCUCUGUUGGAUGGAAAACCAGCUCGAUCUGUGUUGUUGACUGAUUAUGAGAAAGAUGCUGUAAGGCAUCUAUAUUUACUUACAAUGAAACCUGUGAUAUAUGUGGCGAAUGUGGCGGAAUCUGAUCUAGCCGAACCUGAAACCAAUCCUCAUGUUAAAAAAGUGAUGACACUUGCUUCAGAAAUGCAAUCAGGACUAAUAACUAUCUCAGCACAGGUUGAAGCAGAGCUUACUGAACUUCCACCAGAAGAAAGGAUUGAAUAUUUGGCAUCUCUUGGAGCUGAAGAAAGUGGUCUCGGAAAUUUGAUUAGGGCAACGUACAGUCUCUUAGGAUUACGAACUUAUUUCACUUCUGGCGAGAAGGAAACAAAAGCUUGGACCAUACGGGCAGGGAUGACUGCUCCUCAAGCUGCAGGUGUUAUACACUCUGACUUCGAGAGGGGAUUUAUUCGAGCAGAAACGGUUGCAUAUGAUGAUUUUGUUGCUGCCGGUUCGUUUGCUUCCGCGAGGGAGAAGGGACUGUUAAGAUCCGAGGGAAAAGACUACGUCGUGCAAGAAGGAGAUGUCAUGCUAUUCCGAUUCAAUGUAUGAUCAAAUACUUGUCGCCUCUGAUAGCUUUUCCGGUGAAUGCUGACGACGAGCACAAUAGAAAAGAAAACUUGGUUGCAUUGCCUUAACAUAUGCUGGUUAGUACGUUAUGGUGGUUUUGAUAUUUGGAUGUGACAAAUUUUGAUCAUUUUUUUCCAGGCAAACAUUGUGCCAUUUAGCGUUGCUCGUAAGUUGAGCCUUUCAGAAUUUUAUGGUGAAUCAAUAUACUUCCAGUCCUAUGUACCUAUUGUUUUGUAUUUUCUUUGGCAUUUGAAUUUA